AUGAUUGUAGUAGUUGCAAGCAAUUCAUAAUUUGUUAAUUUUGCCACCAUUGUUAGACGAGUGCUAAUCAUUAUAAACUAUUGUAAAUGUGUUUGGAUUAAGAAUAAAUCAAGUACGAGCAAAAAUAUUAUAAUAAGAUUGGUAAAGCGAGGCAUAUUAAUAUUUCUAAUUAAGAUUCUAUCUUCUGUGGCAUUUGAAUCCUAUACUGCAAUUAAAGUUGAAAAUUCCAUGGAAUUCUAUACUGUUUAUUAAGCUGCUAUAAUGGCAGUAUUGUUUGUAAAUUCGAUACUUUUUUUUUUAUUGAUUUAUUUUGGAUGGCGAGUCUAUGGAGAAAUAAGAGAAAAAUCAACAUUUAUCUAGACAUCUCCGGAUGGAUUUAGAAUGAUGGAGUAACUGUCUGCAAUCUAGUAAUAAGAGAAAUCAUUAAAGAAAGACGAAAUCAAGAACCCAACGCCUGACUAACCAGAAUUGGAAGAUAAGGGCUCUAUUAAUAUAUCAAUAAAUGAGAACAUGAGUCCAGCUAUGUUAAAAUUAAAAUCAAGUUUAAGUCCCAGUCCAGGGAAAUAUAGAUCUGGGAAAAUACUUGACUUCUUAGAAAAAAAGAUUAGUCAUGCAAAACACAGUUAAAAGGAACUAAGUAAUGGGUUCAGUCGUGAAUUCAAUAAAAAAUUCAAUACUGAUUAAUGUACAAUAGAUUUAAUAAUAAAAGUAUAAAUUAGUCUUGACUUCGGAGAUCAAGAAGAUGUUUCUUCAGCAAGAAAUCCAAUUGAUGUAGAAAUACAGAAACAUAACUUUUCCAAAGAUGUUAAAUUCAUUUCUUGA